GCCUGCUUUCAGUCGAUCGGCACAGCGAGAUCGUAUCCCUCCGAGGAAGACCAAAGUGCUCCGUUGCGAUGUUGAAGUUCGUACUGCAACUGCUGCUGUGUGUGGCAGUCAUCAGCGCAGAAAAGCCGGAUAUAUUCAGGAACUGCGUAGUGAGCCCGGAGGAUGUAACGAUAAUGCACACAUGCGUCCUCAUAUCGCAAUUUGAAUUACGCUCUCACGUAACGCCUUACGAAAGGCUCGCCCAGUCCGUACUGGAGAAAUCGGAUAACCAGCUGGACCCCAAGUUCCUCAGCAUUGUCUACAACGUUACGCGUGCCGCAAUUUUGGAUCGAGAGCAAAUAAGAGAAAGACCCUACCUUCUCUUGGAGUUCACCACUAGCCGGAGUGUCUGCCUUCGCCAUGCAUGUCGCUACGUCGCUUCCAUUUGCACGCCGAUUAACGACAAGGCGGACGGCCUAUGCCAGGCAGUGUUCGAAUUCCGUAGAGGCAUCUUUGACAUCGAAGACUCUUGGUGCAAGAACACGGGUUCAGCUGCCGGACAUGCACCGCCCGAAUCCCCACCUGUGACCCCCCUGAAGCGCGCCUGGCGAGAGACGACGCAGACAUGGGCAUGCAAUAAAAUGUUAAACACGUACACGUUUUUAAAACAGUACUCCAUCAGAGUGGAUUUCACGGCCACCACAAUUUCAUCUGCCAUGCACACUUCCAAGGUGCACAAUUAA